AUGCACUCUCGCUUCCUGGUUUCUGGUCUGCCCAGGUCUUUGCCUGCCCUGCCUCCCUCGCUUGCGCCGCCCUGCAUUCCUUGCGUCGAGGGGCGGCAGCGCGCCGCUCCUCACUCCUCCUCGUUCCCUCCCACAGAGGCUCCCCUGCAGACUCUCCACCUGGACGUGUGGGGCCCAGCCCGCGUCCAGGGACAGGGCCGCGAGCGGUACUUCCUGCUGGUUGUUGACGACUACACGCGUUACACCACGGUCUUUCCCCUGCGCAGCAAGGGGGAGGUCCCUGCUGUUUUGAUCCCUUGGAUCCGCGCUGCCCGUCUCCAGCUCCGCGAGCGGUUCGGGACCGAGUUUCCCGUCUUGCGUCUGCACUCUGACAGAGGUGGUGAGUUCUCCUCCGACCUCUUGGCAGCCUUCUGUGCGGAGCACGGCAUCACCCAGUCGUUCACGCUUCCGGACUCUCCGCAGCAGAAUGGGGUUGCUGAGCGCCGCAUUGGCUUAGUCAUGGAGGUCGCUCGUACCUCCAUGAUCCAUGCGGCUGCCCCCCAUUUUCUGUGGCCGUUUGCGGUCCGGUACGCCGCGCAUCAGCUCAACCUCUGGCCCCGUGUCUCCUUGCCGGAGACCUCGCCCACACUGCUGUGGACGGGGAAGGUUGGCGAUGCGUCGCGUUUCCGGGUCUGGUUUUACCACCCCACCUCGCGCCGUGUCUUUGCGUCUCAGGACGUCACGUUCGAUGAGUCGGUUCCCUUUUACCGUCUCUUCCCCUACCGCACUGCCCCUCUCCCUCCCCCGCCGCUCUUCCUCGCUCCAGGUGCUCCCCAGGUAGACCCCCUCCCCGCUCCCGGUCCUGCUCCUUCAGGUGUGUCUCAGGUAGACCCUCCUCCCUUCCCUGCGCCGGUCGAGGUCACUGGUGACUCAGGUCCUACUGGGGGUGGUCCUGCUCGGGGUGCUACUUCUGGGGGUGCUGAGCCUGGGGGUGCGGAGCUUGAGAGUGUGGAGCCUGGAGGUGCUGAGCCUGCGUGUGAGGGGUCUGGAGGUGCUGGAGCUGGUGGUUCUGGGGCUGCUGAGGGUGCGGGCGCUGGAGGUUCUGGAGCUGCUGGAGGUCCUGGUGCUGGUGGCGCUGGAGCUGCUGAGGGUGCUGGCGCUGAGGGUUCAGAGUCUGCUGUUGCGCGGUCUCCUUGGAGUAGCCGCCUUCGUCCCCGUGUGCCUCUCACCUCGCAGCAGCUGCACGACUGGUACGGUCGCCGUCAGGGUCGCGCUGCUGGAGCCCGGGGCUCUGCUGCUGGAGGUACUUCUGCUGACGUCCCUGGAGCUGGGAGUGGUGCUGGUACUUUGUCUACUGGAGGUGCUGGAGUCGCUGGUCCCGGAGGUGCUCGUACUGGAGGUACUGGAGCUGCUGGGGCUGGGGGUGCUGCGUCUGGAGGUGCUGCUGCUGGAGACACCGAGGCUGGAGACCCUGGGACUGGAGGUGCUGGUUCUGGAGGUGCUGCUGCUGGAGACAUUGAGGCUGGAGACCCUGGGACUGGAGGUGCUGGUUCUGGGGGUGCUGCUGCUGGCGGCACUGCGGUUGGAGAACCUGUGCCUGAAGGUGUCGGUUCUGGGGCUGGAGCUUCUGGAGCUGCUGGAGGUGCUGGAGCUGCUGGGGGUACUGGAGCUGCUGGAGCUGCCGACAGGUAG